UAUUUUUUUUGUUAAAUCGGAUCGGUGAGCGGCUGUUUUAACCGUGAUAAUAACGGUUUUUGCUUUGUUUGAUUGAUAACUUAAUUUUGUGAAUUAUGUCCACCUCACAUGCCGAGGAUCAGUUUAGUGAUGAAGAAGUUUUCUUCGGAAAAAUUACUCUCAAAGAAAUUAAGAAACAUAUUAUUUGGAAUAAUCAUCUUCCUAGGAGUAAAGGUGCAGCAUCAAGAGACGGUUACGAUGACGGUAUAAAAAUAAUAGAAACACAUUCAGCCCCAAAUCUCAUUCGAAGAGAUAUUAGUCCUACUCCCAUCGAGAAGAAAGCAACAUCAAAUAUCAAUUUAUCUCCAGAUGGAUCUGAAGUGUACUCUGGUUGGGACAUAAAACAAACAGACGACAGCUUCCUUAAAGUUGAAAAGAUGGUAGCUGAUAUGUGUGUGUCAUCUCCUACAAAGAAUAAUAAAAAAGAGGAAGCCUUAAAUAAUACAUUGGAUAUAAUUGAUUAUAUACUAAAAACGGGUUCACCUAACAUAUUGAAAAAAGAUUCUGAGACUGCAAAACCUUCAGAAAUCUCACCAUCAGAAAAUUCUCAUCAAAUCAAAGUGCCACAAAAUGUAAAUAGCAUUGGGAGUACACCAUCAGUAGAACUUAUAAAACCUGAGAAAAAUUGCAACCCUGAAGUGGUUGUUCAUUGCACUCCUUCAAAAACAUGCAGGAAUAUUUGUGAAAAGACUGAUAAAAACACACCCCACACAGGAGUGAAACAAAAGACACCUAUGUUUAGAACACCUAGAAACCCCAUUUCACAUAAAAAACCAUCAGAUAAUUUACUAAAGAAAACUCCGGGUAAAAAUCAUGCUUAUCAACAUAUUGCUAGCCCGGUGGCUUCAUACAUAAAAAAAUGUCCAGUUGCUCCAUUGGUGAAAGACGUCCGUCCCUCAAAACCCUUGCCUGGUUCUUCAUCUAUACCCAAACUUGUGAAGACCAACUCCACACAAGCCAAAUUAAGCAAUAAAGAAAAUCUUCAAUUACCAUCUGUUGCUUAUAGAAGUGCUAAGAAAACUCAAGUGAUACAUGUUCCAGAUGAAGAGAAAUUACCUCAGAGCCACUGGAUGAAAAAAAUUACGUCAUCAUUACCAAAACCGCUUAUAAUGAAGCAUGAUCAUCGGGAAACUAAUUUAAUUAAAAGGGUUUUGGUAUCUCGUCAAGAGGACAGCUUUGCCGAUUUGUCGCUACGCCAAGCUGAUGUCUCAGUUUGCACUCAGAAGUCUGCUUUUAACAAACCAAAAGGCAAUUGUUCCUAAUUGUACCUACUUGACUUGAAUUAAAAUAAAUGGUUACAUUGAA